CCUUUCCUGAUGACGUUGAAUUCCCCAAUCCCGCUUCAUCGACCGUGAACUCCAGUUAGGGUUGAUCGGGGCAGACCGGGGAUAACCCACCACAUUGCCGUGCAGGGUAAGCCUUUACCACGGCUUUUAUCGGAACGCGAUUCCGACGCUGAUUGUUUUCUUCCGCGAUGGCAAGGGGAAGAACCUCAAGAAUUUCCCAGUGACUUUCUGUCGCGAACCUCUUUGAGCGCGCCUCUCAGACCAAUUGCUCUCAGUCUUCGCCUUUUAGCCUCUUGUGCUUCCCAAAGGGGAUUUCACUCGCUCUUCGAGAACACAUAGACCAUCCAUUAUGCUUCGCACAGCGUCGGCAAGAGCGGGAGCUGCGAGCUCGUGGCGUGCCGCAGCAAUGCCGAGGACGAUAACUGCUGCCACCACAUGUCAACAGCUGCGAUCUAUCUCCUUCUCGACCCCGCAUACAACCUCAGCAUCCCGAAACCCUUCAGCUACAACCCCGCGAUACAGCAACUACCGCAGUUUCCAUACGUCCAAGCCCACCAUGGUCUCUACGCGAACCGAGAGCGAUGCCUUUGGCGAGAUCCAGGUCCCUGGGGACAAGUACUGGGGUGCCCAGACGGAGCGCUCCCUCGAGAACUUCAAGAUCAACCAGCCUCAGGACAGGAUGCCCCCUCCCAUUGUCAAGGCCUUUGGCAUCUUGAAGGGAGCUGCGGCUACUGUCAACAUGCGCUACGGCCUCGACCCUAAGAUCGGCAAAGCUAUCCAGCAAGCCGCCAAGGAGGUCGCCGACGGCAAGCUCAUGGACCACUUCCCUCUUGUCGUUUGGCAGACCGGUUCCGGCACUCAAUCCAACAUGAACGCCAACGAGGUCAUCUCCAACCGCGCCAUCGAGAUCUUGGGCGGCCAGAUGGGCAGCAAGAAGCCCGUUCACCCCAACGACCACGUCAACCGCAGCGCGUCCUCCAACGAUACCUUCCCUACAGUCAUGCACAUUGCUGCCGUUCUAGAGCUCGAGGGUGAUCUGCUGCCUGCAUUGAAGACCCUCAAGGCAGCUCUUCAAGCCAAGGUGGACGAUUUCGAGGCCAAGAAGAUCAUCAAGAUUGGUCGCACACACUUGCAGGAUGCUACACCCUUGACUUUGGCUCAGGAGUUCUCGGGCUACGUGGCUCAGCUCGACUACGGUAUCAAGCGCGUCGAGGCAGCACUCCCUGACCUGCGCCUUCUUGCACAGGGUGGCACUGCUGUUGGCACUGGCAUUAACACUUUCGAGGGGUUCGCCGAGGGCAUUGCCGAGGAGGUGACCAAGAUGACUGGCACCGAGUUCAAGACCGCACCCAACAAGUUUGAGGCUCUCGCUGCCCACGAUGCCAUUGUCCACGCUCACGGCGCCCUCAACACCCUGGCAGCCUCCUUGACCAAGAUUGCCCAGGACAUCCGUUACCUUGGCUCCGGUCCUCGUUGCGGCCUUGGCGAGCUCAACCUGCCCGAGAACGAGCCUGGUAGCAGCAUCAUGCCUGGCAAGGUCAACCCUACCCAGUGCGAGGCUUUGACGAUGGUCUGCGCCCAGGUUAUGGGCAACCACGUCGCGACCACCAUUGGUGGCAUGAACGGACAGUUCGAGCUGAACGUGUACAAGCCUCUUGUCAUCCGCAACCUCCUCCACAGCUCCAGACUGCUGGCUGAUGGCAUGCGCUCCUUCGAGAAGAACUUGGUCGUUGGCCUGGCCGCGAACGAGGCCAAGAUUGCCAGCAUCAUGAAGGAAUCUCUCAUGCUCGUCACGUGCCUCAACCCCAAGAUCGGUUACGACAUGGCCAGCAAGGUCGCCAAGAAUGCGCACAAGAAGGGCCUGACCCUCAAGGAGUCAGCCAUGGAGCUGAAUGCCUUGACUGAGGAGGAAUUCGACCAGCUUGUCAAGCCAGAGCUCAUGGUCGGCCCCUCGGCUUACAAGGGUUGAGAGAGG